AUGGAUUUGAGAGCUAUUCCACAGGUAGAUGUAAUAGGACUUAAGGGCCAAGGAGAAGGUGGCAUCAAAGAGGACUUCAGGGUUUUCAAUAAGAUUUCGGUCAAACAGCCACCUUGGCUCAUGGCCAAUAAUCAUGAAGCGGUAACCCUUGCCUGUAACUACACCUAUGAUAAAACUCCAACUGAAUUUCGAGCUUCACUCCAAAAAGGGACAAACAGUGCCCUUGAAGUCUGUUUUGUGUAUGUGAAUGGAACCCAUAAUCCCUUGCUUUCCACAACUGAGGACUUCAGAGGCUGCCUUGUGGAUUUUGAUAACAAAACAGUGAACUUCCAACUCAGCAAUAUGAGUGUCAAGCAAACGGAUAUUUACUUCUGUAAAAUUGAAUUCAUGUAUCCUCCUCCAUAUCUCUCCAAUGAAAAGAGCAACGGAACCAUCAUCUAUGUGAAAGAGAAAGAGGUCUGUCCGACUCCCAAAGCUUCCGAGUCUUCCAAACUCUUUUGGGUGGUUGCUGGAGCUCUGGCCUGCUUUGCUUUAUAUAGUGUGGCUGGGACAGUGUGUUAUUGUUGCUGCUGGUUGAAGAACAAAAAGAACAGAAUUCUUCAUAGUGACUACAUGAACAUGACUCCUCGGAGACCAGGACCAACUAAAAAACAUUAUCAGCCUUAUGCCCCAACCAGGGACUAUGCUGCCUAUAGAUCCUGA